ACAGCCAUGCUGCAGACUCAGAGCAGUGGGAAAACUGGUGCUGAAAUGAAUCCCAGUUACAGUGACAGUGUUUACUUUGGAACUUGUACGAGAUGCAAUCAAGCUGUCUACAGAGCAGGUCAAGCAUGUCAGGCGAUGGGACGUUUAUUCCACAGCGCGUGCUUCAUCUGCAGCGUUUGCAGUAAAACGCUCAGUGGCAAGCCUUUCUACACAGUGUCAGGGAUGAUAUAUUGUGAGGAUGACUUUUUGUUCUCUGGAGUUCAUCCAUCCCCUGAAGUGUGUAACAGCUGUGGCUUUUUAAUCACAGAUGUGAUCCUGCAGGCUCGUGGGAAACCCUACCACCCAUCCUGCUUUCGCUGUGUCGUCUGCAGACAGAGCCUGGAGGAUCAGCCUUUCGCUGUCGACUCACACCGCAGAAUCUACUGUGUCAGUGACUACCACAGGGUCCAGGCUCCCCGCUGUGCUGCCUGCAGGUUGCCGAUACUCCCAACAGAAGGAUCCACAGAGUCUAUUCGAGUGACAUCCUGUGACGGAAACUACCAUGUAGAGUGCUACAGGCCUGGUGUUAACCUCAUUUAAUGAAGACAGAUUCUGUGAUACUUAAUAAGAUACCCUAAUAAAGUCAUUCAC